AUGCACCCGAGUAUCCCCCUCAUGGGGGCAGAGAACAGGGGGAACUGUUCCCCCAUUAAGACAAAGCACGCAAGACCGUCGCAAUAUCCCGGGAUGUCUAGCGGCAUCGUCCCCCUUACCGUCAUCAAAGGAGCCGGUCACGAGUUUAUCCCCCUCCCUCGAGGGGAAAACGCAACCACUGCCGACUUCCAUUCUAUCCGGACCAAGACUGAAUCUCCUGCACACUUCACUUCGGGAUUCUAUAAGAUCGAGGCUGGACCUGAAAGACCCGCUAGCUACAAUUUUGAGGAGACAAAAUAUGUCCUCAGUGGUCAAAUCGACGUUUUGGACGAGGCUACUGGGAUUACCCAUCAUCUAGUCCAGGGAGACUUUGCUUUCUUCUAUGUUGGAUCUAAGGUCAAGUUCUCUACUAAGUCUCAGGGCCUUGCUUUCUAUGCUGUUACUCGGCCUGCUCGAUCUUCCCAUCCAAACCUCAAGGGUAGGGAGGAAGACAAGGCUAGGCUGUAG